AGGCUUAUUGACCGCGUUAUAUAACAUAUCAGCACCCCCACCUCACCACGGCUUCACUCAAGUUUCUGGCCCGGGACGUUGUCAGAACGUCUGACUGUUCAUCAUGCCUCCCGUUGCGCGUCCCCUAAAACGGGCCAUAACGAACGAGAAUGACGAAAAUGUUGGAACAACGCGACUGACGCGUGCCAAAGCCGCGGCGCUCACUGGCAAUGAAAAUGAAGCCCCACCAAAGAAGGCCCUUCAGACCAAGAAGACUACCUCGAAUACUCUAUCGGCUGCAACUGGCGGCCAGGUUAGAAGACGUGCUGCGUUGGGCGACGUGAGCAAUGUUGUCAAGGGUGAUGUGGGGGAGGGUAAAGACGGCAAAGAGGUGAAGAAACCUUUGGCGAGCAAGACAGGCCUUGUAUCCAAGGCAGCACAGCCCUCACGAGUCCAGAAGACAACAAAGACGACCACGUCUCGAUCCAUACUUCAGCCUAAAGACAAAAACAACACUGCGUCGGAACUCAAACGACCCGCCAGUGGCUCCGGCGCCACAGGUCCCGUCACGAAAAAGCGUCACACCGGGUCAAGCACCAAGUCAAUUGUCGAAGAAGAUUACCAGGACUCAGAAAACAUUGCUCCUGAGGUGAACAGGCAGACCACGAAAACAACCGUGAAGGUUGAAAUUGAGAAGCAAGUUGAGCGUGACGAAGUGAAGGUUGAGCCUCUCAAGGAAUCUUCAGAUGAGAUGAUCCUCGAUCUAGACGAAGACGACAGAGAGGAUCCCCUCAUGGUUGCUGAAUACGUUCACGAAAUCUUUGACUACCUGAAAGAAUUGGAGUUGAGAACAUUGCCAAACGAGGACUACAUGGAUAUGCAAGGCGAACUCGAAUGGAAAAUGCGAGGUAUCCUCAUUGACUGGUUGCUUGAGGUUCACACUCGCUUUCGUCUACUACCGGAGACUCUUUUCUUGGCUGUCAACAUCAUCGACCGGUUUCUCUCGGCAAAGGUCGUCCAGCUUGACCGUCUACAACUCGUUGGCGUAACGGCUAUGUUUAUUGCAUCGAAAUACGAAGAGGUCCUUUCACCCCAUGUGCAGAAUUUCCGGCAUGUUGCUGAUGACGGCUUUACUGAAGACGAGAUCCUCAGUGCUGAGCGUUUCGUCCUUGCUGCUCUCAACUACGAUCUUAGCUACCCAAACCCUAUGAACUUUCUCCGAAGGAUAUCCAAGGCAGACAAUUACGAUAUCCAUACACGUACUGUCGGCAAAUACCUUUUGGAGAUCAGCUGUCUAGAACACAAAAUGAUCAAGUUUCCUCCAAGCCAGAUCGCCGCUGCUUCCAUGUAUAUGGCUCGUCUGAUUCUGAACCGUGGAGAAUGGGACGCAACUAUCGCUCACUAUGCGGGCUACACCGCCAAAGAGAUCGAGCCCGUUCUUGAGUUGAUGAUCCAGUACAUCUCUGGCCCAGUCAUUCAUGAGGCAUUCUUCAAGAAAUAUGCUAGCAAGAAAUUCUACAAGGCAUCUAUCUUCUGCCGCAAGUGGGCUAAAGAGUUCGUCCAUGAGCAUGGUGACGUCGUUGAUGUUGAUGGCAAUGCUCGUCCCGGGCUACCAUCAACUGGGGACGAGGAGCCGAUCUUCUAGGUCUGGCUAUGUGUCCUCUGAGUGCUACGCCAAGCGUCCUUGGUGCAGCGGUACAGUUGGCGUGGCAAUGCAAGCAUAGGCGUGGCGGCGACCGACAUAAUGGCUUUGUUAU